AUGGCAAAUCUAGAAGCCCAAGAAAUUUUAAAAAAUCUGAGUACAUUACUUUCAGAUACUUCAUAUGGAAAUUCUCCGAAAAGUCAACAAGAAGCUGUGAGAUUGAGUAAGACGCUUACGGCAACGAUUGAGCCACCGGAAAAUGUUGCAAUGGAACUUGCUUUUUCGACAUUCAUACCCAUGAGCGCCCGAAUCGCAGUAGAUUUAAAUCUUUUUGAGCAUAUUGUUAAAUAUGAGCCUGUUAAUAUAGCGAAAUUGGCGGAGCUAUCAGGUGCGGAAGAAUUGUUGAUAACUAUGACGCAGAAGGGUAUUGCGGCUGGUCACCGCAUAUUAUUCGCAACCUCUAUGCUAGCCGCCCUGCACGCCCCUCGCUAUUUUCUCGAAACGAGCCACACCUCCCCCACAAACCCCCACGAUGGUCUUAUGCAAUACGCGCACGGAACUAAGCUCCAAAGUUUCGAUUACUUUGGUACCAUGCCUGGGAAUGUGCUUGGAGAUUUUAAUACGUUUAUGGGGAAUACGAUGGGAGCGCGGAAAUAUUGGUUGGAUUGGUGGCCGGUUGAGGAGAGGGUUUUCGAGGGGGUGGAAGGAGCAGAUAAUGCGCUGUUGGUAGAUGUGGGUGGAGGGAAGGGUCAUGAUGUUAUGGCUUUUAAGGAAAAGUUUGGUGGAAGGGAAAAUGGGGUGGGGAGAUUGGUCUUGCAAGACCAACCGCAUGUUUUGGAGGAGAUUGGCAAGGGUGAAUUAGGCGAGGGGAUAGAGAAAUGCGGAUAUGAUUUUUUUACGGAACAGCCUGUUAAGAACUCUAGAAUCUAUUUCUACCACCACAUCCUCCACGACUGGUCCGACUACAAAUGUCUCGAAAUCCUACGCGUUCUUAAGAGCGCAAUGAAACCGAAUUACUCAAAACUCAUUAUUCAUGAGAUGAUCGUACCGGAAUCAGGGGCUUCAACAUACCAUGCACUUUUGGAUUUGACAAUGAUGGCUUUUAAUGGGGGGACUGAGAGGACGGGAAAAGAAUGGAGGGAUUACUUGCGAAAGCGGGGUUUGAGGUCACGGGGAUUUGGGUUCCUGAGGUGA